CUUCUUCUUUCCUCUCAACUCCUCCUCCAGGACACGUCGGUGCAGGAGGAGGUGGAGAUGAUGGUGGAGUCCCUGUUGGACGUCCUCCUGCAGACGCUGCUGUCAAUCAUGAGCAAGAGCCAAUCGCAGGAGGCGGUAAGGGGUCAACGCUGUCCGCAGUGCACCGCGGAGAUCACUGGAGAGUACGUGUCCUGCCUCCUGUCCCUCCUCCGCCAGAUGACGGACAUCCACUUCCAGCACCUGAUGGAAAACUUUCAGAGCAAAGAGGAGCUCAAGGAGUUCUUGUUGAAGAUUUUGUGUGUGUUCAGGAAUCUGAUGAAGCUCAGUAUUUUCCCUCGGGACUGGAACGUCAUGAGGCUCCUCACCAGCAAGUAAGAUGCUUCAAUGAUGUCCCAGACAGCAGUGACCACACACGUAGCAAUGACCCCACACGUAGCAAUGACCCCACAGGUAGCAGUGACCACACACGUAGCAAUGACCACACACGUAGCAGUGACCACACACGUAGCAGUGACCCCACACGUAGCAAUGACCCCACAGGUAGCAGUGACCCCACACGUAGCAGUGACCACACACGUAGCAAUGAC